GUCAACGGUAAUGUAAUUCGAUGGUCCAGGCUUAAACAAAAUUGUUAUAUGAUUUUGUGUAAUGUAAUUCAUCCUAACCCCAAUUCCCGUUAAUCCUCCAUGGGCAAAGGCGGUGGCUGUGUCCCAAGCAAGAAAAAGCUUCCUUCCUACGUGGAAGGCGCCGCCCGCCGCCGUGGAUCCACCACCACCAUCACCAACAACGCACCUGUCUCCGCCGAUGAAGAAACCCACGAAACUCCUACCGUGGUGGUGAAUUUUGUAAAUACCCAAUCAGUUACCGCUACGUUAAAAGUCUUCAUUGUUUUUUACUCCAUGUACGGUCACGUUGAGAGGUUGGCGAAGUGGGUGAAGAAAGGAGUCGACGGCGUGGAAGGUGUCGAGGCCCUUCUUUACCGGGUUCCCGAGACGCUUCCGGAGGACGUGCUGGAGCAUAUGAACGCGCCGCCUAAAGACCCGGAGGUUCCGGAGAUUAAUGCGGCGGAAUUGGCGGAGGCGGAUGGUGUCCUGUUUGGGUUUCCAACGAGGUAUGGGUGUAUGGCGGCUCAGAUGAAAGCGUUUUUCGACUCCACGGGGCAGCUUUGGAAGGAGCGGACGCUGGCGGGGAAGCCAGCUGGGUUCUUUGUUAGUACUGGAACUCAAGGAGGUGGCCAAGAAACCACCGCUUGGACGGCAAUAACGCAGUUGGCACACCAUGGAAUGCUAUUUGUUCCCAUUGGCUACACUUUCGGAGCUGGAAUGUUCAAGAUGGAUUCCAUACGAGGAGGUUCACCUUAUGGUGCUGGAGUUUAUGCUGGUGAUGGCACAAGAGAGCCAACUGAAACAGAGCUGGCUCUUGCAGAGCAUCAGGGAAAGUACAUGGCUGGUGUUGUCAAGAGGCUUUCUCAGGCAUGACAUUCCCCCCAUUUGGGGUUCCAUUUUGUGUUGAAUAUUCAUUAAUUGGAAUUGUGUUUGGCUUUGUUUUAUGGUCUUGGCAUUUCUGUUGAAUAUCCUUUCUUCUAUUCCUUUUUGCCAAUUCCAUUCAGUUGAGAAAGAUGUGCAUCAUUUGAUACGCUUCUGUCUUGGCUUAUCAUUAUCAAAUAAGAUGUCUGUCUAUAUGUGCUUCGUUUCUAUAAUUUUCUCAGUGUAAUAAAAAUUUCAUUUUCUUUUUAUGGUCAAUCCAAAUCACCCUAAAUUCAUCAGUCACCAUCUGUUUGUCUCUGGUGGAUUCACUAACCAUUUUAUUUACCUAUGUCUAACAUGAGCAUUGUAGGUUAUAAUGUACUUUUAACAUAUUCAUUGAAUCAUGUACAUGGCAUACUCAUUUUGUCUGGCAAUGCAAUAACUAGCAAGAUUUUCUUGGAUUUUGUAGCCAUAAAAAUUAAGGGUCUUAAACAUAGGCACUUGCCAUUUCUAGAUCAAAAUU